CAACUCCCAGCAUGCUUUGCCGCGUUCCCUCCCUAGAGCGCAGGCUCGCGCUCAGAACGGCUGCUCGGCUCUGUGUUUACGUUGAGAUGCUCACAACAAAGGACAGCGCAGCGCCGAGACCUUGUCAGUGAAAAUAACGUAACGUGGAUACAUUUUCUCUCACGAACAGCCUUUGUAACUCAUUUCUCCAACAAGAGGAGAACAAUUUACUCAAACCUCGCGUGUCUUCCGUUAUUUAUUUUUAUUACGUGAUUCGGUGUACAUUUUUAUUCCAGGUUAGAGACGCGGAGAAAUUUGCUGUGAAAUAUCAUUUUGUUAUUUUUUUGAGCUCGUGGGACGUUAGCUAGCCUGUUACCUUCAGCAAGUUGGUUGGAAAUCUCGCAGCACCGGAGGACUUCAUCAUUUAUAUCGCAUUUUGUGUCUCCAGCUAGUCGCUAACAGUUGCAGCCCAGUGAUAUACCGGUGUCAGUACCAGAUCUGCCCAUGCAGCCAGAUCGCCUCGGGGUCCUGCAUCUGCAAAUUACGCCACAGCAGAUGAUUGGCUGAAUGGGAGAAAAAGCAAAAGGUGGAUGCAUGAAGCAUGAAAGGGUGGAGCUGAGGCUCAGCUGACCCCGCCCCUUCCAUCUCCUUUCCCCUUGUCCUCCAGAGGAUCAGCACCCCCCUUCCCUUGUCCUCCUUACCCCAUCCUGACUCACUCUGCUGGGUCUCACUCAUCCUUCCCUGCCUCCUAAGUCAGUAAAGCCUCAUGUACUCCCCGGAGCAGGAAAACAUCUCCACCACCUCCUCCACCAAAGUGCCAGUGAAGUAUGGAGAGCUCAUUGUGCUGGGGUAUAAUGGCUCUCUGCCCAAUGGGGACCGAGGUCGACGUAAAAGCCGGUUUGCACUUUAUAAGAGACCGAAGGCAAACGGGGUGAAACCCAGCACAGUACACAUCGCCUGCUCUCCACAAGCAGCCAAGGCCAUAAGCAACAAAGACCAGCACAGCAUCUCUUACACUCUGUCUCGAGCCCAGACGGUGGUGGUGGAGUACACUCAUGACAGCAAUACAGACAUGUUCCAGAUUGGCCGAUCCACAGAGAGUCCGAUAGACUUUGUGGUGACGGACACAGUGGCCGGCAGCCAGAGUAACACCGACACCCAGUCGGUCCAGAGCACCAUCUCUCGCUUCGCCUGCCGCAUCAUUUGCCAGCGCACGCCACCUUACACAGCUUGCAUCUACGCCGCAGGCUUUGACUCUUCCAAGAACAUCUUCCUGGGGGAGAAAGCUGCUAAAUGGAAGACGCCUGAUGGUCAAAUGGACGGGCUGACCACUAAUGGUGUUCUAGUGAUGCAUCCACGCAACGGCUUCACACAGGACUCCAAACCUGGAGUCUGGAGGGAGAUCUCCGUCUGCGGCAAUGUCUUCACUCUACGAGAGACGCGCUCAGCGCAGCAGCGAGGAAAGAUGGUGGAGACCGAGUCUCAGGAGCUUGUGGACGGCUCACUCAUUGACCUUUGUGGCGCUACCCUGUUGUGGCGCACUGCUGAAGGUCUGGCGCGUACCCCCACUCUCAAACAUCUUGAAGCACUGCGGCAGGAGAUCAACGCCGCUCGGCCACAGUGUCCCGUCGGCUUCAACACGCUGGCCUUCCCUUCCAUGCGCCGCAAAGACACUCCGGACGAGAAGCAGCCAUGGGUCUACCUCCAGUGUGGCCAUGUACACGGAUACCACAACUGGGGCAACCACCGAGAAGAGCGGGAGGGUCGGGAGGGCCGGCUCAGGGAGUGCCCCAUGUGCCGAGCCAAGGGCCCGUAUGUGCCCUUGUGGCUGGGCUGUGAGGCGGGGUUCUACGUCGACGCGGCUCCGCCCACUCAUGCCUUCAACCCCUGUGGACACGUCUGCUCAGACAAGACGGCGGCCUUCUGGAGUCAGAUCCCGCUCCCACAUGGCACUCACACCUUCCACGCCGCCUGCCCCUUCUGCGCCCAGCAGCUGAGCGGCGAGCAGGGCUACAUCAGACUCAUCUUCCAGGGACCCCUCGACUAGCAGUGAGAAAACUUCCCAGCAUGCUUUGAGGGUGCAGCAGGAGGAGGUUCUGCUUAGACAAACUAAACACAGACCUGUCCAGAUUUUUUUUUCCUGGACUUUUUUGCCUCCUUCUCAUUUUUAAGUGACCUUUGUAUUGCUUUUUCACAAAUAACAACAAAGAUUUCUAUAUUUUCAUGUGAAACCAGAGACACAAAAACCAAACAAAGAACACUGCUGAGUAAACUUUGUUCCAUGGAGGACUUUCAACAGUAUUUAUCUAAAUUACUAACACACCGUAGUGUGAACGUACGUUUUUUAUUCAUGUAUUUGUUGCAAUAUACAUGUGUACAUCUCUUAAAGCUUAUUUAAAGAAAUGUUUAUUUAUGUCCCAGACAUCGCUUCAUCCUUUAUCUGAGGGAAUUCUAACUUUGACUCUAUUUUGUGUUUUCUUUUGACAGAGAUCAGCAUAUUGUUAAUCAGACAUGAAGUUUCAGGUGUGUUCUGAGGGUUUUGUUCCCCCCCCCCCCCCCCCCCCCCCGCCCCCAUGUGUCCCUCUCAAGGCCUUUUGUUGUGUUUUAAACCCAUCCGUUGGUGCGUGCUCACGUUGUUAUCUGAUCCUCCUUCCACUCUCAUAGGGCAUCAUUCUGGACGCCGAACAUUCAGAGCAAUAGAUUUGCAGCAGAAACCUCCUGAAGCAUUAUGGGAGUUUGAUGGACCGCCUCCCUCCCUUUAACGAGUGUUAUAAUGCAGCCAUGUAGCUAAAAACACACAACCCAGACCUGAUUUCUGUUACUUUAGAUGAAUGACAGGAAUACUGAUGUUUAACAGAUGUGGACAGACACUAGUUUUCGGAUCAGUAUUAAUUUUAGCCCAGAGGAUAGACACGCUGUACCCCUGCCAACAUCUGAAACUAUUUUUGGCUUCUCCACUGGCGGCGGAGGAACGCAUGUUUUAUAAUGAAAUGCACAAAGUCACAAAGGCUUUGUUUUCAGCCUCUUUUAAUGAUGCAGAGUUAAAACUGAUGCAUUCAAGUCAUUUCCUCCUAGCCUUACCCACAGGUACAGAACUCCUCUUAGAGAGUGUGGCUCAUUAGUGCUUUGCAGACCGUCUUAAAGUGAUGUAGCAUUUUCUGGAAAUGCAAAAGUACAAACUCUCCGGGGCUGCCGGAUGGUUUCUGCAUGGAAACUGAAAGAAUAGGUUUAAUUUUAAAUGAUAGCCAUGAAUAACUCACUUUUAUGUGGUACUUUAUUAGAAAAUGUCAGGAGUCAUUUUAUGUGCAGCCAACCAGAGACUGUGCAGUUCAUCUAUGCAUUCACCCUCUUCUGGCUACCUCUUUAGCCUCACUUAGGAUUUUUAAUCAUAACAGCAUAUAUUCAAAUUGAUGUAGCACAAUAAUCAGACAUAUUUUAAGUUCAGCUGCAGAUUUCUGCAGGUUAUCACUCAAACUGAAAUGAGAAAAGGAAGUCCUGGUGUGUGAAAGCACAGAUUCUCCCAGACUCCUGCUGCAGCACACACACACGCAAACUGUAGAAAUUUAAGCAUCUCUUCCAACCCACUCCCACAGAUCCUCAAGGUCUGAACACUUGCAGGUAUACUUUGUGACAAAAAGAGAGAUUGUAAUUUGUUUUGCUUGUUUGUCAUCCCCACUAGUAGCUCUCCAGUAUCCUCAGACUGCGACACACUAACUCACCUCAGGGAGACAACGAUGGCCUGUGCACACACUCGUACACACACACUGCUACGGUCAUCUGAGGAUACGUCACAGAUCAAACUGCUGCCUCUCCUUCAGCCAGUCUGGUUUGGUUUAGUUUCAUUAACUCUGUGUGUGUGUGUGUGUGUAAAGGGCUUCCCUCUGUCUCUGUACUGUUACUUCAGCCCGUUUUUACACAAAACUCACCAUCCGGUCCAUCCAGACGCCCCUCCACUCACUGUCCUCCUCCUCCUGUCGUCUCUGUGCUUGUAAAAGGCAAAAAUCUAAGAAUGUUUCCAGCAAACACUUUUUUGUAAUAACUUUAAACAAUAAAGUGUAAGUGACACAU